UUGACUCUGAUUGAUCUACAGUAAGCUCUCUUGCACCGACCAACUUAUAUCUGCAGCCAACAACAUGGCCAUGCAGUCUCCCCUCCAGUGUUCUACAGGCCCCGAGAAUGGUCUUCACAGGGCAGCGACUGAAUUCACCACAUGUGAUCAUUUAGACGCCCUGGUUGCAAGGGGGUUCGAUAUCACUAGGGGCGAUCCGAACGGCUUCACUCCUCUCAUGAUCGCCGUAGUACACGGUCACUCCCGCGUUGUCACACUUCUUCUAGACAGAGGUGCUGACGUGUCAAGAAAAGGUGGUACGGGCAUCACUGCUCUUCAUAUUUCCGCUGCCUCCGAGAACCUGGCCAUGACCGCGAGAUGCUGAUCACCGCAGGGGCCAAUCUCGAAAAGAGAUACCAAAGCGCCACACCGCUCCAACUGGCUAUGGGAGGAGGGCACUUGGAGGUGAUGAGAGCGAUGGUCAAAGCAGGCGUUAAUGUCGACAGACGUCACCACAGCGGAGCGACAGCACUGUCCGCCGCAGCGUCGGACGGUCAGCUGGACAUUGUCGAGGUGCUCCUUGGUGCCAACGCUAACCCCUUGUUGACCACGCCAAAUUCGUUGCCGGGAGGACCUCCACUCGUAGCUCUGGAUGCGGCAGCAAGAGGCGGACACGCUGUGGUGGUACGUCGGAUGAUUGGGCACCUUGGGAUCGAAGGAUGCGGCGGUGCCACGAACCAACGUAUGGACGUCAUGGCCAUAUUAGUGGACGUCGGAGUGGUUGACAAUGGCUACGCUUUGGUCGGUGCUGCCGCAUGUGGUGCUGAAGCAUCCGUGAAAUUUCUGUUGCAACAACACGACAAGAAGAAGCACGCUUCUGCUAGUAGCGGGGCUUACGUUAACAGCAUCUGCCACAUUUCCGGCUCAAGUCCCUUGCAUUACGGUAUGGGUUUUGGCGAGUUUUACUCUGCCAGGAUCGUGCGGAUGCUGGUUGACGCUGGAGCAGAUACGACAUCGAGAGUUAGACUCAGAAGUUCGCUUGGGUGA